ACGGUGCUCAUCACCGGUGCCAAUGUCGGCUUAGGACUGGAAGCUGCACAUCGCAUCACGCGACUAGGUCCAGCACGAGUACUCCUUGCUGAUAUUGAAAAACCUACAGGCCGCCCAGAGGUAUGUGAGGUGUGGGAGGUCAAGCUACUUUCCCAUGCCUCUGUCCUUGCCUUUGGCGAGUGCAUCUCAAAGCUCCCUAAUCUCGACGCAGCCAUCCUGAAUGCAGCAAUUGCCACAUCGGAGUUUGGUACUGCCGAGUGA